CUCAUAAUGGGUUAUAGGUGAGCUAUAUGCCUGACUUUGUCAUGUGAACCGGUUAAGUUGCAGUGAAGUCACCUCUUUUGUAAAUUAUGCAUUGAAAGAACAUUUGAGACUUCAAAAGAAAGAGUCUGCCCGAUGUGCAGAGCUGAAGUAACAAAAGAUUUUGUGAUGAAGAUAGAUAAAGAAGCUAGGGAAGAAGCCAAGCAAUCCAACCCUGAUGAGUACGAAGAAGUACUCAAAAACCUUAAUAAACUCAAACUCGAAGAAAAGAAAAUCCUCAAAAUAAAGAUUAAAUAUGGAAAUAGACAUAAGCUUGCUGAAAGACCUACGAAUUAUCACAAGAAUAGGUCAGUCAAGAACAAGCAUAUCUGGACAGCAUUCAUAGAAGUGAUCCACCCUCGAGUAAAGGAUACAGACCUGAUAGAGAAAGUAAAGUUUGAACUUCAUGAAACUUUUAAAAACCCUACCAGAUUCGUUACAAAAGCUCCGUUCAAAUUCACAAUCAAUGGAUGGGGUGAAUUCGAGCUCCCAAUGACAAUCACUUGGAAGAAGCACUUGAAGAUGCCUCCGACCACUUUCUAUCACGAUCUGUGCUUUGAUGAUGGAGGAAAGUGGCAUGAAUAUGUCUUCAGAAUUCAUGAAGAUUUGAUAAAACCAAAGACUUCUGCUAGUAAAGUUAAAGUAAAGGCAGUAAAACCUGCUCCUUUUAAAUAA